ACUACUUUCUACCGCCAUCUGCUUGCGACCUCUCACAAUAACAAGAUACAGCUGCAUGCGUGAAUCCGGAAGCAGGCACAGCAAAUAAGACAAUUGUUUGAGUCAUGGGCGGGGGUGAGAUCAGCAAUGAGCCAAAUCACGUCCGAGGCGUGAAAAGAAAGCAUGUAGGCGAUGAAGUGAGGUUGACGUUUUCUCAACGUUUGGCGGCGGCACAAAAGAACCCAAAGCAGAUUGAAGGCGGCUCGGCUUCAGUUCGUGCGGAAGUCAACUCGUCCCCGAAGUUUCCUGAUAGCUCCGACGUCGAGGAUUCACCAAAAGAUACACAACAUUUGGAGAAAGACGAUCAUUAUCGCCAUUUGUAUACCAACGAGGUGGACUUUGUUGUUCUUGCCGAGAAUGAUGAGAAAUUUCGCGCCUGCCUGAAAGAUGGAAGGCACUUAGAUUUUACUGAUCCUUUGUCAGUAAUGCAGUUGACCAAAUCGCUGCUCAAGGUUGAUUUUGACUUGCACAUCGAAUUACCUCAAGAUCGGCUUUGCCCGCCAGUACAAAACCGCCAUAACUACCUUCUGUGGAUAAAAGAGCUCCUGGACAGCAGCGCUUCAACAUACAGCGAUACAUACGAGCCAGACCGCAAGGUAGUUGGCUUGGAUAUUGGAACGGGUGCAAGCUCAAUAUAUCCACUGCUAGGAUGUGCGCAACGACCUGCCUGGUCUUUCAUUGCAACGGAUAUUGACACCAAGUCAUUGUCCUACGCUCGAAACAAUGUCGAGGUUAACCGUCUUAGCUCACGAAUUCGGAUCGUUCAGCGCUCUGUAGACGGCAGCAUCGUGCCACUGGACGACCUGGAAAUCGAGUCGAUAGAUUUCACCAUGACCAAUCCACCAUUCUACGCAUCGGAAGCUGAGCUUACACAACUUGCAAAGCUGAAAUCGAAGCCACCUAACAGCGCCUGCACUGGAGCGCCAAACGAGAUGGUCUGUGAUGGAGGUGAAGUCGGUUUCUUCAAACGUAUCUUCUCAGAGUCCUUGAUACUGAGAAAGCGCGUGCAAUGGUAUACGACAAUGUUGGGCAAGCAAUCCAGCCUCCAAGCUGUCGUCCAAGUGUUCCAGGAGCAUGAGAUCGAGAACUAUGCCAUGACGGAACUCAUACAGGGCAGCAAAACUCGCAGGUGGGCUGUUGGCUGGAGUUUCAUGAGUCGCCGACCGAACAAUAAAGCGUGCAGGGGGUUUGAACCUUCUGCAGGCAAGAAAUUCCUGCCGUACCUAACAGAAAUGGUGGUGGCAUCAAGGUCGGUCCACAUUGACAGCGCAAAACAGCUGGAGAAUGUGUUUUGGACGCAGCUUGAAGAUGUAACUGAUGGCCUGGACCUGGUAUCUUGGAAUCUGGACGAGGAUAAACUUAGAGUUGUCGGCUUCGCAGACGAAAACGUUUGGAGCAGGGCUUAUCGCAGAAGCAAGGCGAGACAGUCCACGGCCGACGAGGCUCAAGAAAAACAUGGAGCCACGAAACUCAUAUCUGAGUGUGCGUUUGGGUUUUCUAUUACCGUCAAAGCUCGCCACGACCAGAAAGCUGCAGUAAGCAAUGUUGAUGUCGUUGUUCGUUGGCUGCAGGGAACCGACUAUUCAUUAUUUGAAAGCUUCUAUGGAAUGCUUCGUAAUGCAUUGCUGAACGUUAUCUGAUGACGGCUUUAUCAGGGUUAAAAAAAUAGAAUAAAAGGGGGG